CAAAGAGAGACCUUGAGAGAAAAUUGAGGGAAAAUUAUGGGGAAAAUUGUAGAAAUGGAAACAUUCAGUUCUUGAUGUUUGAUGUUCGGGGGACUUAUCGAUAUCUACAGGUGAUGUGGACGGAGUUCCCAACAAGCUCUGGGUUGUAGUGGAUGUACGAGAUGCUGCUGACGCUGUAUUGUUGGCAUUCGAGAAACCUGAAUCAGAAGGCCGAUACAUUUGUGUGGCAUACAAUAUCAUGAUCAAAGAUUUGGCUGAAAAACUGAAGAGUCUGUAUCCGGACCAGACUUGCUUGGAGAACUUCGGUGAGGAUGAGCACGACUACGUGGUAGGCACCGAGAAGGGCAACCUGAUUAACCAUGGAGCUCCUGAGGAAACUCUCAUCGACUCUAUCGGGAGCUGCAAGACCGCAGCAAUACUGGAUUAACUUAUUCUACUUUUUUUUCUUUGGAUAAGCGGUGAAAAAUUAUUUCUGUAACUAUACUUAGAAAAAAAGGGAUCACCAUUCACCAAUUCAGAGAUGCGGAUAACAAGGUUGGCAAGCAUACAAGUUGUCUUUAGGAAAUUAUAUAAUACAGUUCCAAGAGACAGAGAGACUGUUGGCAAUGGGGACGGAGAUGGAGAUGGAGAAGAGAGUGUGCGUGACGGGUGCUGGAGGCUUUGUUGCAUCAUGGAUUGUCAAGCUUCUCCUCUCUAAUGGCUACAUCGUCCAUGGAACCGUUCGAGACCCUGGGGGGGAGAAGUACGCCCACUUAAACAAGCUCGAGAGAGCAGCCUACAACCUUAAACUGUUCAAGGCUGAUCUGUUGGACUAUGGCUCUCUUGUGUCAGCAAUUGCAGGAUGCACUGGUGUCAUCCACGUCGCCUGCCCGGUCCCUACUUCCACAAUAUCCAAUCCUGAGGUGGAGAUGCUUGAACCAGCCGUGAAGGGGACACUCAUUGUUCUCAGGGCAUGCUCCGAAGCAAAAGUUAAGCGGGUUGUCUACAUCUCUUCUGCUGCUGCUGUGGUGAAGAAUCCUAAGUGGCCCGAGGACUGGGUGAAGCACGAGACUUGCUGGUCUGACAAAGAAUACUGCAGGGCCACUGAAAACUGGUACUUCCUUGCCAAGACUGAAGCAGAAAGCAUCGCUUUUGAAUAUGGGAAACAAAACGGGCUGGAUGUUGUUGCAGUAAAUCCAAGCUUUGUAUUUGGGCCAGUUAUGCAACCUGUAUUGAACUUCAGCACCUUGCUCCUCCUAAAGUUUGUGAAGGGAGUCUACAUUCAGAUCGAACCAGGUGACGUGGAUGGUGUUCCCAACAUGCUCUGGGGCAUAGUGGACGUACGAGAUGUUGCUGAUGCUGUAUUGUUGGCGUACAAGAAACCUGAAUCAGAAGGCCGAUACAUUUGUGUGGCAUACAAUAUCACGAUCAAAGAUUUGGCUGAAAAACUGAAGAGUCUGUAUCCGGACCAGACUUACUUGGAGAACUUCGGUGAGGAUGAUCGCGAAUACUGUGUGACCUCCGAGAAGCUGCAGAAGCUGGGGUGGACUUACAGGCAGCUUGAGGAAACUCUCGUGGACUCAAUCAAGAGCUACAAGAAGGCAGGACUACUCGAUUAAUUAUGAAACUUCUCCAGUCAUCGGCAAAUUUUGGGGAGUUCUUUUACUGCUCUGUCCUAAAUGUUGCCCUGGCAACAAAAAUGGGAUUAAUGUUUCUUAAUUUUGGCAAAUUUCGGGAAGUCUGGUUCUAGUUUCUUUGGGCGUUUCUCUCUUACUUAUGAUUUGAGAAACGAACAAAAGACUGUUAACAAGAACGAUGGACUUCCAACUUCGAAAGGCAAAGUAUUAAGUAAAAUGAUCUCAACAGAUUGGUGUCGA